AGAGAGAGAGAGAGAGAGAGAGAGAGAGCGGCAGACACACACACACAGACACGCGCACACACUGAGAGAGGGAGCGCGCGACACACAAACGCUGGGGGAGACACACGGAGAACUACGACGCGGAACAGCGGAGAACAUUGACAACACAGGGGGAACUGCUCGGCGCGCGGGGACACCGUCGCGAGGCGUCCGCUGCUUCCCGCCGGACCGCCUCCCAGAAUGUUCUGCGCCCCCGGUUCCUUUCUGCGGAACACGAACCCGUCGCCGCGGCAUCCCCACGGACACUGAAGCCCAGAUGCUCGCGCUCUCCGCCGACAUGGACGAGUCCUCGUCGCUGCUGGAUCUGCUGGAGUGCUCGGUGUGCCUGGAGCGCCUGGACACCACGGCCAGGGUGCUGCCGUGCCAGCACACCUUCUGCCGCCGCUGCCUGGAGAACAUCGUGAGCUCGCGGAACGAGCUCCGCUGCCCCGAGUGCCGCAUCCUGGUGGACUGCGGGGUGGACGACCUGCCGGCGAACAUCCUCCUCGUCCGCCUCCUGGACGGCAUCAAGCAGCGGCCCCAGCGUGGGAGCGGAGGAGGAGGAGGAGGAGCGGGCGGCAGGCAGCCUCUGGCCGGGGGCUCGCUGCAGGGGUACGCGGCCGGGAUAUCCGCUCCCCCCCCGGGCAGUGCGAUCAGAGAGCUGCCGGUGGCCACCAGGAGCUCCCCGGUUAAGAACAUCCCGGCGCUGCCUUGCGGGAAGGCCCUGUAUUCGUACGAAGGCAAGGAGCCCGGCGACCUCCAGUUCUCCAAGGGCGACAUCAUCAUCCUGCGGCGCAAGGUGGACGACAACUGGUACCACGGCGAGCUCAACGGCUGCCACGGCUUCCUGCCCGCUAGUUACAUCCAGCUGCUGCGUCCCCUGAGCCAGACUCCGCCGCAGGGCAAAGCACUGUACGACUUUGAGGUCAAAGACAAAGACCAGGAUAAAGACUGCCUGGCCUUCAGCAAGGAUGAGGUGCUGACAGUCAUCAGGCGAGUGGAUGAAAACUGGGCAGAAGGCAUGCUGGGAGACAAGAUCGGCAUCUUUCCUAUUCUCUACGUGGAGCUAAACGAAACAGCCAAGCAGUUAAUGGAGAUCGACAAGCCAGCGUCAACUAACGUUCCAGGUCCGAGCUCGGAGCCAGCUCCGCUGGGCCCCUGCACUCCUUGCCCCUCCCCCAGCGCCUCCCCGUCCAACGGCAACGGCUCCGGCCACCGGAGAGGCGAAGGGAAGAAAAACGCCAAGAAGCGCCAUUCGUUCACAGCCCUGUCCGUCAGCCAGAGGGCCGCCCAGCUCAACAACAGACACAGCAUGGAGAUCUCCCACCCGAUCCUCAUCAGCUCCUCUGACCCCAGAGCAGCCGCACGCAUCCAGGAUGCGUCUCCCCCGGGUCCCUCCCCCUCCUCGGCAGGGGUGCUGCUGCCACCAAAGGUGGCAUCUAUAACCUCUGAGCUGCUGGCUCAUGCCAAGGUGCAGCUGCCCCUCAACAUAUACCUGGCUCUGUACGCCUACAAGCCACAGAAGGCCGACGAGCUGGAACUUAGGAAAGGGGAGAUGUACCGGGUGACAGAGAAGUGUCAGGACGGAUGGUUCAAAGGCACCUCGUUGAGAACGGCUGCCUCCGGUGUCUUCCCAGGAAACUACGUCACCCCUGUGUCCAGGGCUCCGUUCGGAGCAGGUGCUACCCGGGGCGCGUGUCUGUCCGGUCCCGUGGUCGCCGGGGGCAACGGAUGCAGCCAGGUGGGCAGCAAGGUCUCGGAGGUGUCGUCGCCCGGGUCCCCGGGGCCGUCCUCCGGCCGCCCCCCCACGCCGCUCGUCACCUCGUCGGGCGGCGCCAGCCCGGCCUCCUCGCCCCAGAGCGCCGCCGCCCAGCUGAAGAACUGCCUGCGCUCCGGUCAGCACGUGGUUAACCAGGCGCGCACCUCCAUGCAGCUGGUUCACAGUCCGCCUGCCGGGAGUCCGGAGCGGCCCGCGGUGGCCCUGUCCCCCGUGCGUCCCCAGAGCUCCUCGCCGUCGCGCUGUCCCGGCCAGUCGGGGCGCCCUCUCUCCAUGGCGUCCCCGGGUCCCAGCCUGGGGCCGUCGCCCCUGUCUUCCCCCGCCUCCCGGCCCCUCCUCGCCCUCUCGUCCCCGCUGUCGUGUCUCACGCCUCCCAACGUGUCGGCGGUGCUGCUCAACGGCGAGGCGGCCGCUCCGCUGCAGCCGCCGCUGCCCGGCCCCUCGCACGCCCUCGCGCCCAAAGCCGAGAAGAAGGAGAGAAAAGCGGGAGGUUUGUUAAAGCUGCUCUCGGGAGCGGCGGCCAAGAAGAAGCCUCGCUCGCCCCCGUCGUCCCCGCCCACCCACGACCCCUCAAUGUCCGGCCAGGGCGCCGCGGCCACGGACCCCGCCCACCAUCCCCACUACCACCACCACCACGCCCGCUCAGGUUCGUGCCCCAUGGCGUCGCAGGGCCGAGCCGGCUCCUGUCCCAUCGAGAGCGAGAUGGCGGGAGCCAUCGGGCUGGAGCCUCUGCACAGGAAAUCCGGCUCCCUGGACACCAAUUUCCCCAUGUCGCCCCCGGCAACGCGAGCCGGAAACCCUCUGUUGGUCCUCCGGCCUGAGCCCAAACCCCUGUCCAGAGAAAGGUAUCGCGUGGUGGUGCCCUACCCCCCCCAGAGCGAGGCGGAGAUCGAGUUGCGGGAAGGAGACGUGGUGUUUGUCCACAAGAGGCGGGAGGACGGCUGGUACAAAGGCACCCUGCAGAGGACGGGCCAGACGGGCCUGUUCCCCGGCAGCUUCGUGGAAAGCUUCUGAACUGGAAAAGAGUGGACAAAUGAUCACACACUGUUCCUACUUCUGAGUCACAACACACACACACGCGCACACAAGCUACCAGAUCAUUCAGCCACAAACGCACAUAGAUUGGACCGAUGCCGGUUUCCCAGAAUUUUAGAUUCAAAUGCAAAACGACCUGUAAAAACUGCCUUAAAAUUGUAAUCAGUUUUUAAUACACUUUAAUAUUACAAUAAAAAAAACACAUUUUCUAGUUUUUUUCCCAAAACAUGUGAAACAUAUUUGUGUCGUUCAGAAGCCAUUGCUAAUGGUGAUGGGAGUCUGUAUCGGUCCAGUAAUCCAUUCUCACACACACACACACACACACACACACACACACAGGGAAGCCCGCCCCGGCUUCGACCAGCUCCUCCACACAGGAAGCAGGGCGGCUUCCCCCGCCAUCGGCCACAGGACGGCGUCGGGGUCAGGGGUCAGGGGUCGUCCCAGCCCCGCCUCCCGGUUCUCCUCCCUGGCAUCAUCCACCAGCAAACACUCGCACAAGAAGCAUUAGCUCCGCUCUCCGCUGAGACCUCAGAACUUGAACCCGGGUGCUGUCUUCAUUUCGAGGAAGCGAGACGCCCCCCGGGACCCUCGUCGAGCACACGUCCGUGUCUAGUUUGCGACAACAAGCACAUGCGUUCUUUGCCACCCAACAUAUGUUAAUAACAGUGCAUGUAGCAUCAUUAUGGUUUUAUAUGUUGAAAUAGAUGUUGGUGUUGUCCCAAACUAGCCGCGCUGUGACUUUGGUGCACAGAGUAAAAUAUGAAUCGGGCGAUUUUCAUUUUCUGUUUAUACAAACAUUUAUACAUCAUUUGUUGGUGUGCAUUCGUCCCUCAUGAACUGUCUCGCUGAAUGUAGAAGGAAAGAGCGUUACAGCACAACAGUUGAUCUUCUGUGCAGGACUGGAGAAGCACGAAUGCACUUGAUAAUAUCGGCUCCAACCUGCCAGCAUAGUUCCAGUUACAGUGUUUACUACACGCCGUUGGUAUUUAUUUGACAAAAGGGAUUCCCAUUGCUACCUUUCACAUCGUUGUCUUUCUUUCUUUCAAACACGGACGAACGUCUUUGGUAGCACAACAGUUAAGCGCUAAUCCUCUUCCUCAACCUUUACUUGAGAUACUUUUAAGAGCGUUUUUUUUUUUUUGUUGUUGUUGUUUUUUUUUUUGGUCCGACGGCAGCAAUACUGUGAAGCCAAACGCGUGGAGGUCCGAUGCUCGUGGGGGAAUGAAGAGCUGGAGGGUUACAACAGCUUUGCUUUUGUCGUUCAGCUGCCAACCUUUGACAACAGCGUCUCCUCUAAUCUUGUCCUUGACCUUUAACGUAUUUUUGUACUGCUUCAGUGAGUGUACGGUCUGCUUUGUAAAUUUCUACAUCCUGUGUGUGUGGAUUCGGGCUCGGGUCGAGGUCGCGUCCAGCCGCGGCCAUUUUCUUCUCGUCCUCUGAGAUAGAAGCGCAGCAAAAGUCUGGGCUCCGCUGUCCGGACGUGUCAGGUGAGGUCAGGUGCUAGGUUCCGUACAAGCAAAGUGAGGCUCAAAGACUCCCAUUUAAUGUGACUGCAAAAUGAACACAAAACAAAAGAAUCUUCCCAAAACUACAUUGGCUUUUUUUGGGGCAUGUGAUGCUUCAGACUUGUUCCCUUUUGUAUCAUGGAGAACAUGUGGUAAAACCAUGUUGGAGACAAAGCACAAUUUGUACUUGUUUUCUUGUUUUCUUUUCAGUUAGAUUUUUGGAAAAGACAGAAACCCCCUCGCCCUUUAAAGCGUGAAGAUAAGUGAAGAUGGAGGGAUCAUUCUCUGGCAGCUGGCAGUGCACUGUGGGUAAUCCCGUGCAUCUGGAUGAAACAGAUGAAGCCAAAAAACACACAAUCAAGAUUAAGUCGUUUUUUUCUCCAGCUGGUCACGAUUUGCACAAACUAGGGCAAGACUGACUAUUAGUUCCUUAAUUUGGUCUGCUCUGCUUCGUGUUAAGUCCCGAGGCCGCGAUGCAUUGAACAAGAUGAGGUGUCAUUUUAUUUGCCCCCGAAAUGUGUGAAAACGAAAUGUCAGAAGAUCUGUGAUACUGGAAGCUUCGGUCCUAACAUCAGCAUUGGCCUUUAAAGCUGUCAGUCCAACCCCAGUGCCUACAAAUGCCAACACCCACACACAGCAUCAGGUCUUUACUCAGCUUCUCUCAGCACAGCCAGCAGAUCCCAGAACAGUUCUGCACAAAACCUGACUGAGGUUCUUUGUUUUUUUUUAUUGGUUUAAACCUGUUUGUACGCUCACUGAAGAGAGGACUCUAAUUUUACUUAGUCAGAGUUAAGCACAAGUCCUCGUCUGUGUUGGAGAUCUCUGGGUCUCACCCGUGUUUUAUUUGUCAUGAGGUUGAUGCUGUGAGGAGGAGGAGGAGGAGGAGGAGGAAACGAGUUUACAAGAGUUAAACAUCAGGAAUACAACCACUGCACAGUGGUCACUUUACACAAAAUAACUUGAACUGAUGGUUUAACAGAUUGUGUUCACGUGUUUUAGUUACAUUGUUAUAAGCUUGUCUCUCGCAUCCGCUUCCUGGUUGUAAAUACAGAUUACGUUCCCGUGGCAACAGCUUUGGCGGCAGUGGUGAUUCCCGUCGGACGGACGUGCUCGCAACACACAACACGCCGCUCAUCCAACUUUGCGUCGGACUCGCUGUCCGGCCCCGUUUUCUCCACCCCUCCAGGAGCACUCGUCCUGCCAUCUUUGAAUUAGAUGUCGGCCAUAUUUGUUCCUAUGGAUACUCGUGUGUUUGAGUGUGAGAGAGGGGAGUGGGCCUCAGUAUGUAGCUGAAAAGGGAACUUUGUGGCAAGGUUUGUCGUGGUGUGGAAGCUCAUGCCUCAUCAGGAAACUGAGAAAAAGAAAGUAUAUAUAUAUAUAAUUCUAUAUUGUGCAGAAUAUUUAUAGGCCUUUGGAGCCACUGAAGUCAUGCUCAGCACUGGCCGCGACCAGCGCUCUCUACCAUGUGAUCAUUAUACAUCGUCUUGUACUGAUGACCCGUGGUUGAUUUGAUUGUUUUUUCAUGUCAAGUGCAUUUUUCGCAAUAAAUGCCUUUGUUUUAAA